UGGUAGAGAGGGAAACUCAAGGCUAGAGGGCCAGAGAGAGUGGGAAAAAGAUCUAGAUCUGUGCACAAGAACAGAGGCCUGAAGCUUUUCUACUCUCAAAAAUGUCCCAGCUGUUAAUGAUAAUUGUCUCUGUGCUUGAUUCGGUAGCUUUUGCUUUAGCAGUGGCUGCUGAGCAGAGACGAAGCACUGCCCAAAUUGGUUAUGAUAUUGAAGAGACCCGUAAGUACUGCAUUUAUGAUUCCGACAUUGCCACUGGAUAUGGUGUGGGUGCGAUGUUAUUCCUACUGGCCGGUCAAAUUCUCGUAAUGUUUGUAAGCAGCUGCUUUUGCUGUGGAAAGGCUUUGAAGCAGGGAGGUUCUCGAGCUUGUGCAAUUCUGCUAUUCAUUUUCGGAUGGGUGACAUUUGCGGUAGCUGAGGUAUGCUUGCUUGCUGGUUCUGUGAGGAACGCUUAUCACACCAAGUACACGUCGUCGUUCUUAAUGGACGAUAAGCCACUCUUCUGUCAAACAUUGAGAAAGGGAGUCUUUGCCGCCGGAGCAGCUUUCAUUGUAAUCACAGGCUUCAUCUCUCACUGCUACUAUGCUGCCUAUUCUGUGGCAAGGAGUGCCCCGGCUGGGCCCCACAAUAGAUCGCCAAGCAUUGGCAUGACAAGGAUCUAAUGAGUUUCCAUAAAACUGAAUACAAAAUCUCCUUGCUCCGGACGGUUUGAGCCCGUGACUGCCUGAUUUUUGAGUUUCAUGUGACUUCGGCUCUUAAUUAUUAGUUGCAUAUGGUGUUUUAAAAGUAGAGCAGUGUAAGUUUAGUUGGAGACUGAGAACCUUGUCACUGUUGCUUGAAGUCCUUGAACUCUUAAUUCUUUUGUGCUAUGAUGUAAGCUUUACUCUUAUAUUAUUGAUCAUCCCUGUAAUGCUGUAUAGCCUAUUGCCGCAUCAGUAGUUCUUUACUUUUCUAUUUUAUACGCAGUACAAAAAUUGGUCUAUUAUACACCCAAUGUCUCUUAAAGAAGUUCUUAGUUUGAUUUUCAUUGGGUAUAAGAAUAUCUUAUUUUUUUCGUUG